AUGGAUUGGAAAUUUCUCCAGGGUCUUCUUAGUGGAGUCAACAAAUACUCCACUGCCUUUGGACGCGUCUGGCUAUCAGUGAUCUUUGUCUUCCGAGUCCUGGUCUUUGUGGUGGCCGCCGAGCGAGUCUGGAGUGACGAACAGGGACACUUUGACUGCAACACUCGCCAACCGGGUUGCACCAACAUCUGCUAUGAUUACUUCUUCCCCAUCUCCCAUAUUCGUCUAUGGGCUCUCCAGCUCAUCUUCGUUACUUGCCCAUCCUUCAUGGUGGUGCUACAUGUGGCUUACCGGCAAGAGCGGGAACGCAAAUACCAAGCCAAGAAUGGAGAAGACACUCGAUUGUAUGACAACCCAGGCCAAAAGCAUGGUGGUCUGUGGUGGACUUACCUGAUGAGCCUAUUCAUCAAAACCACCUUUGAGAUCACAUUUCUCUACUUGCUGCACUACAUCUAUGAUAGCUUCAGGCUACCCAGGAAGGUCCAGUGUAAAAAUAUCUCACCCUGUCCAAAUGUGGUGGACUGCUACGUAUCACGGCCCACUGAGAAGACCGUUUUCAGCUACUUCAUGGUGGGGGCAUCUGUCUUGUGUGUGCUGCUCAACAUCUGUGAAAUUUUCUAUCUGAUUGCAUCCCGGAUGGUGACUCUUAAACACAGAGGCAGCAUGCACACUUCAUCUAGAAAGACCUACUCUGACAUGAACUGUGAUGGCUACCAGUCCUCUGUUCCAUCAUAG